AUGAAGAAAACAGCCGAACUAUCCUGGGACGAAGCCUACGCCAAAGCGAAGCUCUCCCUGACCAAGCUCUCCCUCUCGGACAAGGUCAAUCUAACCACCGGCACGGGGAGCGGCAACGGCGUAUGCGUCGGCAACACCCGGGCCGUACAGUCCAUCAACUACCCGGAGCUGUGUCUCCAGGACGGGCCCCUGGGCGUGCGCGAGGCCCCCCACGUCACCGCCUUCACGCCCGCCAUCCAGGCGGCAUCCACGUGGGACCUGGAGCUGAUCGGCCAGCGCGCCCAGUUCCUUGCCGAGGAGGCCCGCGCGCUGGGGGUGCACGUCCUGCUGGCGCCCGUGUGCGGGCCCCUGGGCAAGAUCCCCGAGGACGGACGCGCCUGGGAGGGGUUCGGGUCAGACCCUUACCUCGCCGGCCUGGCCGUCGGCGAGACCGUGAGCCGCAUGCAGGCCGUCGGCGUGCAGGCCACGGUCAAGCACUUCAUCGCCAACGAGCAGGAGCUCAACCGGACGACCAUGUCGAGCAACAUGGACGACGGGACCAUGCACGAGGUGUACCUCUGGCCCUUCUACGACGCCGUCAAGGCCGGCGUCGCCUCCAUCAUGUGCAGCUACAACAGGAUCGACGGUAUAUGGGCGUGCGAGAGCGACGACGUCCUCAACAAGCUGGCCAAGGACCACAUGGGCUUUCCCGGCUACAUCAUGACCGACUGGGGCGCGCAGCACUCCACUGCGCUGUCCGCCCUCGCCGGGUUGGACAUGACCAUGCCCGGCAGCGACGACGCCUCGGCCGACAACGCCUACUGGGGUCCACGGCUCGUCUCGGCCGUGCGUAACGGCUCCGUCCCGGAAAGCCGCGUCGAAGACAUGGCCACGCGCAUCCUCGCAGCGUGGCACAAGAUGGAGCAGGACGCGGACUACCCCACCACCGAUCUGUCGCGCGAGGUGGCGGCCGACCACGCCAGCAACGUGCGCGCCGUGGCGAGGGACGGCAUCGUGCUCCUCAAGAACGAGGGGUCCAUCCUGCCAUUAGCCGCUGACCGGGGCAGCAUCGCCGUCGUCGGCUCCGGCGCCGUGGCGGGGAACCACUCCGAGAACCUGUGCCAGUACAACGCCUGCAACGACGGCGCCCUGGGUAUGGGGUGGGGCUCCGGCGCAGCUACGUACCCUUACUUCGUCACGCCCGAGGAGGCCAUCACCGCGCGCGCUGGCGAGGAGGCCGUCACUGUGGCGGGGACCGACGACCCGGAUAGCGGCGCCCAGGCCGCCGGGGGCGCAGACCUGUCGCUCGUCUUCGUCACGGCCGACGCGGGCGAGGGCCUGAGAGGCUUCACCAUCGAGGGGAACGAGGGCGACCGCAAAGAUCUGGACCCGUGGCACGGCGGCAACGAGCUCGUCGCUGCUGUCGCCGGGGCCAGUGACGAUGUCAUCGUCGUCGUGCACAGCCCCGGCCCCGUCAUCCUGACCGAGAUUCUGUCGCACCCCUCUGUCAAGGCUGUCGUGUGGGCUGGCCUGCCGUCGUCGGAGAACGGCAAUGCCCUGGUCGACAUCCUCUGGGGUGAUGCCAACCCCAGUGGAAAGCUGGUCUAUACCAUUGCCAAGAGCUCCGACGAUUAUAACACAGCCGUUGUCGAUGGUGACGAUGACUAUGCCGAGGGCGUCAAUAUUGAUUACCGUCACUUUGACAGUGCUGAUAUCGAGCCGGCAUUCGAGUUUGGUUUCGGUCUCUCGUACACGACAUUCGAAUAUGGCGUCCUGAGCACCCGCCAGUCUGUCACUCAUGGCCCCAUCAACGGCCCCAUCACGGCUGGCGGCCCCGCAGAUCUCUUCGAAGAGGUUCUCUCGGUUACGAUCCCUGUGACCAACACGGGCCCCGUAGACGGCGCCGAGGUGGCGCAGCUGUACCUGGCUUACCCCAAGGGCAUAGAUCAGCCUCCCAAGCAGCUGCGCGGCUUCGACAAGCUAUACCUGAGGGCUGGUGAGCGCGGUGAGGCCAGCUUCUCCCUACGCAAGAGGGACAUGGCCUUCUGGGAUCAGCAGCUGGAGAAGUGGGUUAUCCCCACUGGAAGAUUUGAGGUGUUGGUUGGGUCCAGUAGUCGUGACAUUCGUGCCAGGUCGGACAUCAAUGUGGUGUAG